AUGAAAGAACAGGGUCGAAAGAUUAUCACCCAUGAAGAGUUCCUAGCACAGUGCUGUGACCACCCUGAUGAACUAUUUGACUAUGUUGCUGACACCUUCCACUGCUUCAUUGACCUCAAGAAUGAAUACUGCAAGCAGAUGGAUGAAGAGCUUGUCCAGAACCUUCACAAUGAGCUUCAGGACAAAGGGAACCAGAUUGAUGAAUUGAUGGCAGAACAGGAUGAGUACAAGACAGCCUAUGCAGAGAUGCAGCUGCAUUCCCAUGGUUCCACUGUGGAGAGCACCAAGCAAUUGAGCAAGUCAGAGAAGGUGCCUGAUCCUCCACUCCUCACUGAUGGCAAGGAGCCUAAGUUUGAGGACUGGAUGAUUGAGAUGAAAGGAAACAUUGAACAGAUGUUCAAGACCCUCACUACUGCAUUCUGGAACCCCCACCAACAUAUGGAGGCUGAUGCUGAACUCCAGACAAUGUAUAUGCAUCCUGGUGACAAGUUCCCUGAGUUCCUGGCCAAAUUCCUACUGCUGGUCAAGGAGCUGGCUCUUCCCUACAUUGGUGAUGAUAAGACUUUCAAUGACUUCACAGCUUAUGUGGGCACAGUAGUCCAGUCCUUGAAUGUCAAUGCUCAGGAGAUCAAGCACUGUAACCUUAAUUGAAGCUCUCAAAAUGACUCCAACACCAACUCCUCUAAGACUGUCAACAGCUCAGGCAGCACUCAACUUGAUGGCAAUGCAUGACAGGAACUGAUGAAUCAGGGCAAAUGCUUCCACUGCAGGGGAAUGGGUCAUAUAUUCUGAGACUGUCCCUGAUGAAAGAAGAACAGCAACACCACUCAACUCCACAGGAUGGAAG